AUGUCCCAGAAACAAACACCCAGAGACUUUCUCAAACUCAUUAUUGGACGGCCUGUCGUGGUUAAGCUAAAUUCCGGUGCUGAUUACCGAGGUAAAUCCCGCAAACCUUUUAUACUUGCAUGCAAGGCGUCCUGAUAUCUCUUGACGGAUACAUGAACGUCGUUUUGGAACAAACUGAGGAAUAUGUAGACGGUCAACUGAAGAACAAAUAUGGCGAUACAUUUAUCCGAGGAAACAAUGGUACUUCUUAUUUUUAAUUUAAUCACUCUUCAGUGUUCUACAUCAGCACUCAAAAGCGGGGAGGAUUUAAAUGA